AUGUGGAUCAAUGAAGGAUUUCAAAUGGUUAAAUGUCCUCAGGUUCAAACUCAAAGAUUCCAGGUCUAUCCGUCACGUCACGUGACUCACACUGAAGACACCCACUUUGAACUGUACAGGUUGAAUCGUCUUGCCAACACCUUUCUUGGCAAUUGGUCAGAAAGUUUUGGAUUGACUUUGACCCAGCAAACUUUUCCAGCGACCUUCACAGACACACAUCUUACAGUAACCGUUAAUGUUGAGCCUCCGUUUAUUUUUCGCAAUACCAGUGAGCCUGGCUCCUACUACGGCUACAGUAUGGAUGUACUCACGGAGAUUGCCAGGACAGUUGGAUUCACAUUUACCGUCAGGGAGUGUGAUGAAGGCGGCUAUGGGAUGCCUGAGAACGGAAUCUGGAAUGGAUGUAUUGGAAAUAUCGUUAACGGGGAGGCCGACGUGAUCCUCGGAGCCCUGACGGUGACAGCCGAACGCGACAGCGUCAUAGACUUCACGCUGCCCUAUUACGACUUCGCUGGGAUCCAGAUAAUUACACGGCGACAACUGUCCAACAUUAAUCUCUUCUAUUACAUCGAUGUCUUCUCAACUCAGGCCUGGCUGAGUCUAAUCUCUGUCGUACUACUUACAAGUCUUCUGCUCUGGGUUUACGAGAAAGCGUCUUUCCACUGCCUGAAGUCAUGCACCAAAAGUGCAGGGGACGUCAAGGCCGAUAACUUAGGUCAAACUUUCUACCUUGGCAAGAGCCCCGCCCUGGCCUUCAACAACAACACAUUUGUCUCCAAGAAACCAAUGCCCCAGGAGAGGGCGCCGGGUGAAGAACAUCCGGGCGCGAGGAAAUGUCUGGGAGAUAAUAUGUGGUUUGUGGUGGGCGCCGUAACCAUGGCAGGGGGAGGCGAUGCUCCACGCUCUGUCGCUGGCAGGGUUCUCGUGGCUGGAUUUUGGUUCUUUGCGAUCAUUAUUAUGUCCACAUUUACAGCCAAUUUGGCCGCCUUCUUGACAGUGUCCAGGAUGGGAGCGGUCAUCUCAAGCCUGGACGACCUGCUGGACCAAACGGAUAUGAAGUACUCAGUGGUCAACAGGUCUAGCGUCAUGGACUACUUCAAAAGAAUGGCUCGUAUUGAAACUGACUUUUAUGAGCGAUGGAAGAACAUGACUUUAGAUAAAUCUGACAGCACUAACCAAGACAGUCUGGCUGUGUGGGAAUACCCGCUGGGUAACAAGUACGGAACUAUCUGGGCUACUAUUCAAGACAAUGGACUGGUCAAUUCAAUAGAGGACGGCUUAGAAAAAGUGCUGAAUGAAAAUUUUGCCCUCAUCACGGAGUCCCCUCUGAUACAGUACUACACUGGGCAGAACUGUCUCCUCACCGCCAUAGGUGAUCAAUUCAGUGUUCGGCCCUACGCCAUCGGACUCAAGGAGAAGUCGCUUUACACUGCCAAGUUUUCAGAGGCAAUUCUAAAAUUACAGAAGGAAAGGCUUCUAGGGUCAAUCCGUUUAAAGUGGUGGUCAACCAAUGGAAUUACUUGUAACAAGGACACGGGGGACACAGGCCUUGAUCUUUAUUCACUAUCUGGGACAUUCUUCGUGGCUGGCGUUGGAGUUGUGUCUGGAUCUCUCUGGCUUCUGAUCGAGUGCGUGCUGGCCAAUCGCUUUCAAGUUGGAGUAAGUCUUUUAGUACAAGUUCUUUGAUACCAGACUGCGUUUCGUCCAUGUCGAAAGUCCUGAGCCAGAUGUCUGCCUGGCUAGAGAUAUUGGCUCAACCUGCUGACUGCAGAAGAAAUCAAUGCUGAUAUUCUUUGGCCGACAUUUCGUCACACGUACAGAUCAUUGUUGGCGUUCCUGAAAAACUAUCUGUUAGCCCAACAGUCUAGAGCUAGAUGAUCUCAUAUGCUAUUAGCUGUUUCAAUAGUUUCAAUGAACAAGUUUGAGGCUGUUUAGAUUUCGGUUCAAGAGAAGGCAAAACAAAAAGGCAAGAGCGUGACCUAAUAAGUGAGAUACUAAGAUGAGGUAGGAGGAUGGUGAGGUAGAUAACGAGGCCUUAAAUGAAAAGAGAAAGAAAAAUCAAUGAGAUGAUUAUCACAGAGACACAUAGUGAUAAUCACAUUGUAGCAGUCUAAUCCAUAAGUGAGAUUUAAAGCCACAGCUGAGCAUUAGUUGUUUCGUUCAUAAGCGUCAUCAUUUUUAUCCAACCUAAUCCUAAUAAAGCCAUUUGACCGGAAGACAAAGCAUAGUCAUUUAUAAUUAAAGUAAGCAACCAGUUAUCAACAGUAUGAAAUAUACUAUCAACAGUAUGAAAUAUACUAUCAACAGUAUGAAAUAUACUAUCAACAGUAUGAAAUAUAAUAUCAACAGUAUGAAAUAUACGUAUUUUAAGUUUUUUUUUAAAGCUGUCCCGAGCGUCUCAUUUCAAUUGAGACUAAUCCAAUCAUUUCAAUUGAGACUAAUCCAAUCAUUUCGAAUGAGACUAAUCCAAUCAUAUGAUGUUUGUUUUUUUAACUCUAGCUAGCUCGUGUCCAUUUCUUUACGAUUUUUUGUAUCUUUCCUGAUAUGAACGAACUACAUUGUACAUCAACAAUCGUGCACAUGAUAAGACAUGUACAAAUAUAUUUGAAUAAACUUCUACUCAUG